UCGUCCACGCUUAUUGUUCCCACGUGACCAUGCGUUCGAUUCUACUUCUCACGUUCUUAGCAAACACUAAGCAGAUGAGCAAUGCAGAUCUGUCUAAAGACAUGCAGAUAGGUACAUCCACCGAUGGCUAUGAUCGCGUGGGGUUGCGAUGCGGCGCUGAAAGAAUGACUGUCGAGCUUAAAACUACAGACGAUUUCUCAGGGGUGAUCUACACGCAGGGUAACUUUUAUUCCCGAGAACCGUCCUGUUUCCUCGAUCCAGUUCGCGGUAGAAGUUUCACCAUGAGCAUUCCUUUGAACAAAUGUGAUACUGAAAGGAAUGGUGACAAAUACAGCAACAUCGUAGUGAUUCAGCACGACGACGAGCUAUUAACACCAGGUGACACUGCUUUUACGUUAGAAUGUGACUUCUCGAGACCGCGUGAUCUUACGGUAUCGGCGGAUCUUAAUGGUAGUAAGAAGAGAUCGACUAAAUCGAGUAUAGCUCUCAUCGACGUCGAUCCGGGAAGUGAUAGAAGAAAGAGGUCGACAUACGUGGAAAGCUAUGGGGAUGAGGUUAUUUUCGUGCCGAAGCAAGCAUAUCAAUAAGAAGAAAGUCAGAGGUGCGGUUUUAUUAUAAAUCUUAUACCGAUCGACGAACAUUCUCGAUUGAUGAAAACUCACGACGCAUUCUACAUAAAUUUGUUGUUGCUUGUUAUUUAAUUUACGUUAUUUAAAUAAAUUAUGGUAAUUCGUU